CAACUUUCGGCCGAAUCGGACGUGUAUCGUGGCUCUCGAAAGAUCUAUUACUAUAUCGCGUGUGUUACCUGUACCUGUAUUUUGGGUUUACAGUUACUAACGAGUUAUGUGCGCUUGAAUGCCAAAUUUAAUUGCCGCUCUUUGCAUGUUCGUCAGCGCAGUAAUUUGAAAACGUUUUCGAAAAGCGAGUAAGAAACUACUUUCGUUUUCCCCCGAACUUUCCUUUUUUCUUUUCGUCUCGACUUGCCAUUGAAAAAAGUGUCAACACCCAGGUGCUAAUAAACCAAAAAAGAGUUAAGUUCAACCUCUAGAAAAAUAAAAAAUAUCAAAUUGUGAAACGCGUGUGAAUUGGUCAAUCUUCUUUUAUAAUGGCUCUCAUGGACACCGCCUGGCGUUGCCGCCUCAUGAUCUUCGGCGUCGUCUCCCUGCUUCUGGUGGGCGAUCUUUUUGGCUACGGCGGUGGUGCCAUGAAGUCCAACCACCCCGAUCCGCACUCGGUGAGAUCGGCAGGCGGUGCGGGGCCAGGUGUUGCCCCAACGGGUCCGGCGGCUGCAGCGGCUAGCAAGUUCCAGCCAAAAAAUGCUGAAAUCGAUAUAACCGAAGAGCACGAUUUCAAUGAGUUAUCAGCAGCGGCUUUGAAGCCGGGAAUGGCAUUGGUUACUGGGGCAAGUCUGAAGACCAAGUCUCAGCUCACGGACACCAUCAAGGAGUCGUGUCUGCCGAAGAUGCUCUGCGAAUUGGCUUCUAAGCCAGAGUACCAGCUCAGCGAAAAAGAACGGGAGCUGCUGAGACUGAUCAGAUCUCCAACAAUGCCCUGGAUGAUGAACAUGCCGCCGAGCAAAUGGUACUUUGCGGCCCACAUGGGCGAGCUGAUGCGCCACACGGGCGACAAUCUCAGUGGACCGAUGGGAUGUGCCAAUCUCUGGCCGAACUGCCCCAUCAGUUCCAAGAAGCUAAUGAAACUCAGCUACAAAGUGAGGGUCUAAGCCGAUGGAUCUUAGGUAUCUUAAGUAUUAGUUAGGACCGCCUCAACUUUUGUACCAUAUGUCUUCACCGUUGGAUUACCUUUAACUAAUGUAAAUUACCUUAAAUAUAGAUUAGACCUUAGUCCCGACUUGACUGAAGUGACUGUAGAACUAUAAGCACUUGUAUCUUCUCGCUACGAGUCCUAGGUAGUUUGUAAUAUUAGUACUUAUACUAAGUGUGACUAGUCACGACCCGAUUUAGCAUUACAUUUAAAUUUAAGUCCUGUAAUUGUUAAUAAAUUACACUGUUUUGUGCAUACUGCCUAA